UCCGCCAGCAUCUCGGAAGCAGAGGUUGUGCUUUUGGCUCGGACCUGCCAAAGCCUCAUAAAAUCCCCCCUGCCUCUCCCUGCGUGCUCUAAUUGACACAAGGUAGUGGGUGUGAGAGCAUCCGUCCCUCUCCCCGGCUGCUGGCCAGCCUCUACACCCUGCUGCAGGCUCUGCUGCAGCGCGGCCGGCGCACCGGAGCGGAGCCGGAGAGGAGCAGCUGCGGACGGAUCCACUGCCUUCUGACAAGCGGAGUUACGCUCUUCAGCAUCCUGGCGCUUCAACAUGUCUCCGAGGAGUCAAAUACUCGCAGGGAUUAUCGCGUUUGUCGCCUCAGCGCUGCUUGGCUCAGGCGGGACAGAUGGAGAAGCGGUUUGUGACAGCCCUCUGGUGUCCAAUCUGCCGCCGUGGUCCUUCAGGAGCUCCUCUCAGCUGUCGCCCAGCCACGGACCGGGCUUCGCCAAAGUCAACAGAAGAGAAGGAGCUGGAGGAUGGACUCCUCUGUGGUCAGAUAAGUACCAGUGGUUGGAGGUGGAUCUGCAGAGACGAACCCAGAUUACCGUUGUGGCCACGCAGGGUCGCUACGGCAGCUCUGAUUGGCUGACGUCCUACCUGUUGAUGUUCAGCGACACGGGACACAACUGGAGGCAACACCGGCAGGAAGACAGCCUGGGGGCGUUUCCAGGUAACAGCAACGCAGACUCUGUGGUCCAGUACAAACUGGAUCAGCCAGUGAUCGCCCGCUACCUUCGCCUGAUCCCACUGGACUGGAACCCCACCGGGCGGAUCGGACUCCGACUGGAAAUAUACGGCUGCAGAUACACCUCUGAAGUGGCACGUUUUGAUGGGACAAGCAGCCUUGUCUACAGACUGAGUGCCAGAACGAGCUGGACAGCGAGGGAGAGCAUUUCUCUGAAGUUUAAGAGCUUGAAGAAUUCAGGAACGCUGCUUCACGCAAAGGGACAGAGAGAUCACAGCCUUAACCUGGCGCUGGAGAGAGGAAAGCUGCUGCUCUACCACCAGCAAGAUGUGAGUUCAGGUUCUGGGGGCAAACUUCUGGUUUCUCUUGGGAGUCUGCUGGACGACCAACACUGGCAUCACGUGAAGCUGGAGCGGCUCGGCUCUCACCUCAACCUGACGGUGGAUAAAAACAUGCAGCAGGUUCACGUCCCAGCCGAGCUCAGCCACUGGCGCAUUCACACGCUUAGUGUGGCAGCUGUCCAGAGCCACGGACUCCAAACUCCAAUCCUGCCCAACAGGAACUUCCAUGGAUGCCUGGAAAACCUUUUAUUCAACGACCUUAAUUUGAUCAAACUGGCCAGACAGAACAGCCCACAGGUCACUGCACUGGGCAACCUGACCUUUUCUUGCAGCGAGCCGGUUUUUGUCGCCGUGACGUUCACCGACUCUCACAGCUUCCUCCAGCUGCCUGUCCUGACAUCAUGGCUGUCAGGGGUUGUUUCCAUAGCACUACAGUUCAGGACGUGGAACAAGGCAGGGCUGCUACUGACCUUUGACCUCCAGCAGCAGGACGGCUCAGUCUUCCUGUAUGUCAGUGAAGCCAGGCUUCGCCUUCAGAUCAGUAAAGGGGGAAAUACUCUCCUGGAGCUCAGCACCGGUGCUGGUCUGAAUGACGGCCAGUGGCAUUCUGUGGAGCUGAACUCGAUGGAAAACCGCCUGAGCAUCACGGUGGACAGAGACGAAGGAGCCACGGCUCACACCAGCAUCCCUCUUCUUCCCGCAGCAGACAGUCAGCUCUUCUUCGGCGGCUGUCCUGCUCAGAGCGGCGGGUUGAGCUGCAGAAACCCGAUUCAGGGCUUUCAGGGAUGCGUGCGUCUCUUGAAGUUGGACGGCCAAACGGUCGACUUGAUAGCAGUGCAAGAAAGACGGCUGGGAAACUACAGCGACCUGAAGAUUGAUAUGUGUGGCAUCAUUGACAGGUGUUCGCCGAGUCACUGCGAACACGGAGGAAGAUGCUCUCAGUCCUGGACAAACUUCCACUGCAACUGCUCCAACAGCGGCUACCGAGGAGCCACCUGCCACAGCUCAAAAUACGAACAGUCGUGUGAGAUCUACAAACACAAAGGCGACACUUCGGGUCUGUUUUACAUCGACGUGGACGGCAGCGGACCAAUCAGACCGCAGCUCGUUUACUGCAACAUGACGGAGGACCAGACGUGGAUUAUAAUCCAGCAUAAUAACACAGAGCUGACUCCAGUCCAGGCCUCCGCUGACACGAACCAACACUUCGCCAGCUUCCUGUAUCCGUCUGAGGAGAAGCAGCUUUCCGCCGUCAUCAGCCAAUCGGAGCACUGCGAGCAGGAGCUUUCCUAUCACUGCAGGAAGUCCCGCCUCUCCAACAGCCUGGACGGGACUCCUUUCAGCUGGUGGGUCGGCGGCCCGGCUUCGGGUCAGAUCCAGAACUUUUGGGGCGGAGCUUUGCCCGGCAGCCGGCAGUGCGCAUGUGGUCUGCAGAACAGCUGCCUCGACUCGAGCUUCUACUGCAACUGUGAUGCUGACUAUGACCUGUGGACUGAGGACUCUGACCUUCUCAGCGAUAAGGAGAGCCUCCCGGUCCGGUCGCUGGUGCUGGGAGACGUUCACCGUUCGGGUUCAGAGGCUGCCUACAGGGUGGGGGCGCUCCGUUGCCAUGGAGACAAAAACUUCUGGAAUGCUGCGUUUUUUGACAAGGAGACGUCGUACCUUCACUUCCCCACCUUUCAUGGAGAGCUGAACGCAGACAUCUCAUAUCUGUUUAAGACAACUUCUUCCUCUGGGCUUUUCCUUGAAAACCUCGGUAUCAAGGACUUCAUUCGAAUAGAGCUCAGCUCUUCCACAGAGGUCGUCUUCUCUUUUGAUGUGGGGAACGGACCUCUGGAGGUCAAAGUGCGCUCCAACCUCCCGCUGAAUGACAACCGGUGGCACAGCGUGAGAGCUGAGCGAAACGUGAAGGAGGCGUCGCUGCGCGUCGACGACCUGCCUGCUGCCAUACGAGAAGCUCCAGCUGAUGGAUUCAUUCAUCUGCAGCUCAACAGCCAGCUGUUUAUAGGAGGCACCGCGUCACGGCAGAAAGGCUUUCUGGGCUGCAUCCGCUCUCUUCAGCUGAACGGCGUCACACUGGACCUGGAGGAGAGGGCGAGGAUCACACCUGGCGUCCGACCCGGCUGCCCCGGGCACUGCAGCAGCUACGCAGCGCUCUGCCAGAACCAGGGCCGAUGUGUGGAAAGGGCCAGCGGGUUCUCCUGUGACUGCAGCCACUCUGCCUACACCGGAGCCUUCUGUCACGAAGAGGUUUCAGGCAGCUUUGAGCCGACAACAUCCAUCACGUAUAUCGUAAAGGAGCCAUAUGAGGCGAGCAAGAACAGCAGCUCUCUGCACUCAUCCAUCUACUCUGAUAUCACACUGAGAGGAGAAGACGUCUCCCUGAGCUUUAGGACCAGUCAAAGCCCUGCGCCGCUGCUCUAUGUCAGCUCUUUUUACGGGCAGUACUUGAUCCUGCUCAUCAAUAAACAUGAUGAAUUAGAAGUGAGGUACAAGUUGCAAAGCAACAGAGACGAGGAAGUGUUGAGCAGCCGAGUCAUGAACUUAGCUGACGGCCGUCUGCACACUGUGACCAUCAGGCGACAGGCAGACGACACUGUGGCAAUGCAGAUCGACCAGAAUGCCAGAGAGGAGUUCAACGUGACGGUGGCUGACGUGGAGUUUAACGUUAAAUCAAUCAUUCUGGGGAGAGUUCCAGAGUCUGAAGGCCUGAGCGCGGAUCUCGCCGGCUUGGCGUCCGCCGGCUUCACCGGUUGUCUGUCGGCCGUUCGCUUCGGCUCCAUCUGCCCUCUGAAAGCUGCUCUGCUGCGACCCGACGGCCGCGUUUCUGUCGCCGGCGCCGUCGUCGGGUCGAGCUGCGCCGCGCCGGCUCAGGCCGAUUCCUACGCAGCAGAAACGACACAUUCGCUGUCAGACCGGCCUCACUCUGUGGAUCCCGGCCAGCCUUUAGUCAACACCAUUCGGAGUGAUUCAGCUCUAAUUGGAGGUGUGAUCGCAGUCAUCAUAUUUAUCGUGGCGUGCGCGGCAGCCAUCUUGGCUCGGUUCCUCUGCAUCAGGAAGGAGACGUAUCGCAACCAGGAAGUGAAAGCGGCGCAGCCCGGUGACGGCCGCGCCUUCCCGUUCGGCGGCCAGCCAGAAUCUCCGAGCGUUCAAAGUGAAAACCAGAAGGAGUUUUUCAUUUAGCACAAAAUAACCCGGAAGGACUGAGCUGGAUAAACUACCAAACAGUGCUUUACCCUUUCUUCCCCUUUUGUUUUAUUUAUUCGUUUACUUUUGUAAAUACGGACUGGCAGACAUAUUGGACUCACUUUAAAGAGUUAAAUAUUUGAACUUGUACAGUUCGUAGUGAUUCGUGUGGUUAUUUAGAUCCAUUUCCAAAGUUUUCUGUCUAAUUGGAAGACAACGAUAAACAUUGCACUGCAAAAACACAAAAUCUCAUCAAAUAUCUUUGGUCGAGUUUCUAUUUCUGUCUUACACUUGAAAUGAGACAAAACAUAUAAGUAACUUUUUAGCAAGAUGCAGAGGCUUUUUUAAAGUAAAUAAUUCCUUAAUAUUGAAGAGAAAAGCUCUAGAUUGUUUCACUUAUGUCACAACUGACACUUAAAAUUAGCUUUUUAUUUUGAUUUAGGUCAAUAAUUCCUUCAUACUGAUGAAAAAUAUCGAGUUCAUUGGAAGAUUAUUUCUCUUAUAAUGCAAAAAAAAUUUCUUUUUACAAGUGAAAUUAUCCACCUAAAAAGAAUCAGUAAGUAAACUACUAAAAGUCACACAAACAAAAACAUGAAAUUUUGCGACUUAAAAGUUCAGAUUAUUUCACUUGUAACAAGAUAUUUUUUCUAUGUUCUAAGUUGAUUUAUCUGCUAAUAGAACUAGAACGUUUUCAACAAUAUUAAGGAGUUAUUGACUUAAAUCAAGCCUCUUUCUGAAAGGUUACUUUUACGUUUGUCUUAUUUAAAUGUGCGUGAAUCUAGACCAGACUUACUUGGUAAGAUUUAGUGUUUUUGCAGUGAAAACUUUAGAGCUGGGGGAGAUUUGUGAAAAGUUUUUUUCUAAGACGAGUUUGGUAAAUUUGAGACGCCAAAAAAGCUGUGGAGAUGAAAGUACGGAUUAUCCCAGGUUUACAUGGAACAACCCAGCCAAAGCACAUUCUCAGAAUCAAAUAAAAUCCAUCUGUUGCAGGUAAGAAUUGUUCCAAAAUGUGCUGCAUAUAUGAAUACCAAAUUAAAGUCAGUCUAAAACUUUAUCGUUGAGUUGCUUGGAAAGCUUCUCUUUGCUUUUCUCUCUACUUUGUGAUGAAAAACUGAAGGAAUGUGUUUUUUCAGCUUUGGGUUUUAAUGCACCACCUGCAGCGAUCAGCCAACAUCAGAAGCAGCUUGAAGCAGCAUGGACCAUAAAACAUAACUCUCUCUCACCUUUUUCACUUUGUAGACACUUCUUCAUGGUUUCUGCUGACGUCCCGAUCCGUCUCUCCUAAUGCAGGAUUUGAGACACUCCAGCUAACUUUUAGAGUCCAUAUUGUGCAAAGCUCACAAAUGGAGCGAGGGAUUUUCAUGACUUGAGCUUAUAAAGCGUUUUUAUUUUAUUUGUAUUCUCUGUUCUCUUUUAAAAGAAAUGACCUACCACUUCAACUCCAACAAUCCUCUGUCUUGUUUAGCAGUUUUUCUUCUUGUAAAGUAACAAACAAUAAAAGAAAAAUGCUCUGGAAGACACCGAGAGGUAAUUCUUCCAUCCUUCAUAAUUCAAGGUUAUUCUGCAAAGUGAUCAGAUCCAUAUUAACUUUAUAGAGUUAAGGUACAAUUAUUGAAGUAAUGACGACAACAACUUUUGGGUUACCUGGAAAAUUACAGGUUGAUGGUUUGAGAUGCAGUUAAAAUGUCAGGAAAUGUUGAAACUUUGACAGUGCAGUCAGUAUUUAAACACAAAUAAUUACACAAUUUAUUUUAGAAAAAAUGCUAAAUGCAUUAGCAUUUUAGUUCCAUCGGGGUUGCUAGGUGAUGGGUGGAGUUCCGUCGGGGUUGCUAGGUGAUGGGUGGAGUUCCGUCGGGGUUGCUAGGUGAUGGGUGGAGUUCCGUCGGGGUUGCUAGGUGAUGGGUGGAGUUCCGUCGGGGUUGCUAGGUGAUGGGUGGAGUUCCGUCGGGGUUGCUAGGUAACGGCUAAUUCCAGAGGUUUUUGUAGUUGCUCAAAAUAACAAAGAAAAAAACAUUUACCUUAUAGCCAGAAAGCAACUGGGUGUUUUUAUUUUUCUCAAGCACUUGAACUGUUUGUAGAUGAAAGUGGAAAUACAAAGGUGUUAAAAAUGUACAUUUUGCAUUUCUGGUCCCCUUUAGACGACAGGUUUUUCUUGUGAGAGCGACUUCACACCCAGGAGUCCCGUAAGACGUCGUGUCAAAGUAAAUCAGUAUGAAAUGGGUCAUGACAUCUGCCAGGAGCUUCGCUUCCUCUUCCUGCCGUCUGCAGCUAAACCCGGGUUCAUGUUGGACUCUCAGGGCUCCUGAAAGACGGUCCUGUUGAGACGUGGCGUGUUUUGUCUCCCGUUGUUUCCUGUGUCUCCUGUCAUCAGCGUGCAGCCGCUCUCCCUGCAGGCCUCAUCAGAGGCAGCAGAUCGCUGUGAUCUCAGGGUCUCCAGGUAUUUCAGCUCCAAACGCAACAGUAAAAUAACCAGAGGGGGAUUUUUACAGGAACAUCAAGACGAGUUAUUUUUUAAACAAGCUAUAAUUAUUUCCAAAUUUAUUUGGAAGUGUUUCUUUAAGUUUACACUGUAUUCUACUAAUUUCUAAAAUGCAACCUUCACAAACUUGACCAAAAUUUGUUGUUUCUAACUUCAUUUUCAAAAAGGAAAAACAUCUGAAAAACUAGUUAUCAUUGAAAUAUUUGUCUUUUUUUUCUUAGUUUGUAACCCUGACUUAUUUAUUGAAAGAAAUUAAUAAUUUUGUGGGAAAUUUAGACAAACUGGUUCAUGUCUCAUUGAAAGUGUUUUUGUUUUCACUUGCAGAAUAAAUGAAAUGAUUAAAUUCUUCUCAUCUGAGGUCAGAUAAACAGAGACCAUCACUUUGCUUUCGGUUGAAAAUAUUGAAAAUCUGUUUUUCCUAUUUAUUUUGUUUUGUUUUGGUUCAGUUUCAUUCAAAACCUUCCAAUCAGAUUUCCUGAUCACUCACAUUUUGCCCAGCCGUCAUGUUUUAACUAUUCCACAUCGAUAUUACAGCUUAUGAUGUGAUGUAAGCCGUAUCUCAGCAUCAGGUGUCCACUUCUUGCAUCAUGUAAUAUAUGAGCAAAUGCAUAGCAGCUCAAUGGAGUGAUAAUUAAAUUAAUGCCUACUUAAGGUUGGUGUCAAGUGUGCUGAAUAAAUGUGCUAAAUGUUCUCCAUGCUGUGCGAAUGGAGCUGAUUAAAGCCUAUUCAUGCAAAUGAAAAAGCAGCCAUGAGUGAUAAAGAAGAGGCGUUUCUGCUGCACGGUGAAGGUGGGCAGGAUAAUUAUGAGAAACCGAAUCCUGAUUAGUGAUCUGAUGAGACUGCAGCUCUGCGGGCAGCAGUGAUGCCGCUGCCUGAUUACAAACGACUUUGAAGA